AUGGCGCAGGCCGUUGCGCACCCCCCCGUUCUGUGGGCGCAGCGACAGGACUGCCUGUACGUGACGAUCGACCUGCAGGACUGCCAGGCUCCCAAGGUGGACGUCCAAAACAAUGACACUGACAAGUUUGGCGUGCUCAAAUUCUCGGGGAGCGUCGCCGGGCCGGAGGGCGCCGAAAAGUAUGCUUUCGAGCUGGAGCUGUCGGGCGAGGUGAAGCCGGAGGAGACGAAGAUCAGCGCGACCCCCAGGCACGUCUUCGUGGUCAUCUUCAAGAAAGAGGCGGGCUACUGGGACCGGUUGCAAAGAAAAGCGGGAAAGCUGACAUACCUGAAGGUGGACUGGAACAAGUGGAUGGACGAGGACGACAUGGAGGACAGCAAGGACCCCUUCGACCUGAGCGCGAUCGAAAACUUCACGGGCAUGGACGGAAUGGGGGAGGGGGACGAGGACAGCGACGACGACGGCGAGGAGCCGCCGCCCCUGGAGGGCGCCAACGGCGCGGGGGAGUCCUCGGGAGGAAAGGAGGCGGAGGGCGGCAGCUGA